AUGCGCUGGCAUCAUUCCUUGGCUCUUCCGUUAUCAAUCACAUGCGUUACACUAGGACUUAAUACCGAUCGUCAGUUGCGCAGUACCACGACGUAUUAUGAACAGAGAAAGAAAGCGGCUGCUAUCGUGAAACAUUUCAUGGUACUUCUUGACACUAAUGGAAAUAACAAUAAGGAAGUGAAAAAUGGAGUCCCAGGACUGUCUAUAGGUGUUUCACGUAACGGUCGAUGCAUCUGGAAACAAGGAUACGGUUACGCAGAUGUGGAACAGCUGGUACCAUGCAAAAGCGACACAGUGAUGAGAAUUGCCAGCAUAAGCAAACCAAUAACAGCUGCCCUUGCUGCACGUUUGGUUCAGCGCGGAAAGCUGGAUUUGGAUGCUUCUGUUCAGGACUAUGUGCCGGAUUUCCCAAAAAAGAAAUAUAACGAGAAAGACGUUACCAUAACAAUCCGUCAGCUUUUGAGCCAUACAAGUGGUAUAAGACAUUACAAAACGGUUACCUUUUUUUCUCUCACUUUGCUAAAACGUUGGUCUUGUUCCCGCUGA